ACAUUUCUAUGCAUCACAGGGGAUGAUAUACAUGCUGUGGUGACAACAGCCCAUAUGACUGCGUUCUAUGACAAAAUAGCAUUGGACCAUACUUACACGGUGUCAAACUUCAAAGUUCAGCCAAAUGUGUCGACUUUCAAACCAUCGUCGCACAAGUUUAUGGUGAAGUUUACCGGAGGAACAUCCGUUGGUGAUGAUGAUAAACACGAAAUACCACCCAAACCACUAAAAUUUACAAGUUUUUCUGAUAUCAUCACCGGCAGGUUUAAAAAAGAUGCACUGAUAGAUAUCAUUGGAAUUGUGGAUAGCAUCGGAUCUCAACAGACACAGUCCGGGGCAAAAAAACAACAAGUUAAUUUAGUGCUACGUGACCACAGUUGCAUAAACUUUCCCAACAAAAUCUUAUUUGAUUGUAAAUUUACUUCAUGUUAUGUAACUUAAUAUUAUGUACUCUUU